UGUGAACCGGAAGUGUCGCCAUUAGUUAAAAACAGAUAUUCAUUUUUCGUGUUUCAGCAAGUCAUAAUUUUCAGUGUUUUUUAAUUAAUGACAGGACCAGCUGUGGACCACAGACACCCAGAGCACUAAGAUGGAGGAUGAGGAUGAUAAACCAUUUGUGUGUUCAGCAUUGUCUUGUGGGCAGAAAUUUACCAAUGAAGACCAUCUUGCUGUCCACAUGAGGAAACAUGAAAUGUCUCUCGCUCUGAAUAUAGGAUCAGGCCUCACCCCAGGGUCUGGAAAAUCCCCUCUAUCUGGCCUCAUGCCACCAGGGCUAUUUUUAGAUCAGACCCCUACACCCACCAAAUUUCUAAAGAAUUGUGAGGAGAUAGGCUUGUUCAAUGAGCUGAAAAACCCAUUUGAGGAAGCAUUCAAAAAGGCCAUGGAUACAGAAUCUCAGGCUGAAACAUCUAGCGCAGCUGCCCUUCCGGGACCGGACUCUAACGAGCUCAAUACCCCAGUGCCCCCGAUUCCUCGCACAGUGGAAGAUUUGGCCUCGGACAAAGGAAAGUCAGCUGCAGCAACUAAGCCUGAUCUGUCCUCUCUGGUGUUGAAUCAUCUGAAGAGAGGGAAGGCAUCCCCUGCCCCCACCUCUACCACUGAAGAAGAGGUGGUAAUUAUUUCCUCCGAGUCGAACAAGGAGAAGCUCUGUAAAUUGGUUCCCAGAGUCCUGAACAUUCCCACUCAGAUGGAGACAGAGAGCUCAGCUCCCUCCAGUCGCAGCUUCACUCUGGUCACAGCAGCUCAAUCAACCACCGUAUCCCCUCCACGUUCCUCCGAGGUGCAGGCUCCUACUAUCACGGCCCAAUCUCAGUACACCAUGCAGGUCUUCCUGCAGCUCCCCAACGGUCAGACCGUCCCCGUACAGAUCCCCGCAAACUCUGCCGGCAACCUUCAGGUGGUACAGCCAAGCGUGAUGACCAGCCGUGUGGAACAGCCCAUGGUUAAUACGAUUCAGCAACAAACUGUCAUUCUACCAGCUCAGACUACAACCCCUGUUCAGUCCCAAACCAACAUUACCAAACAGAGAUUAAAAGCAGCAAUUCAAUCCCAGACGAUUCCCUCUCCUGUCUCCAAACAAGCCCCUCACACUCAGAUAUCACCUGGAUAUACCACCAUCAAGAUAUCCCCAGCUGUCAGUCAGCCUCCAACCAGCCUCCAGAUAUCUCCUGAGGUGACGUCCCACGUUCCGGGGAUCCCCAAUCUGUCCAGUGUGGAGGAGAUGUCCCCCCAGUCCAUGGACAGCAUCAAGUCAGAGAUGCCCUCCCCUGGAGCAGCUGAUUCAACAGUCAACUUUAAGAGAUUUAGGAGCGAUGAUGAGGGGGAUGAUAGAAGGAAGAAGUUUCUGGAGAGGAACCGUGCAGCAGCCGCGAGAUGUCGGCAGAAGAGGAAGAACUGGAUCGUCAAUCUGGAGAAGAAAGGCGAGGAACUUCAGUCUACAAACAGCAAAUUACAGGGUGAAGUCAACCAACUGCGGUCAGAAGUAGCCCAGCUGAAGACCCUACUCCUGGCACACAAGGACUGUCCAGUCACAAUGCAGCAGCGAUCUCAAGGACAAAUACCAUUAUCAUUGACAUUGACAGACCAAGCAGUUAAUGUGACCCAGGCUAGCACUUCUGCUCCCCAGGUCACUGACCUCACAGGGGCCAUGCCCACUGCCUCCAAAGAACUGAUAGAGUCACUGACCAGUGCAGGGCUCAUCCCAGGGACAAUAGUGAAAACAGUGGACGCAGGUCUAAUCACGGCUCAGUUAAUGGGUCAGCAAGUGGCGGCCUCACAACCCCCCACCAUCACUCUGAACCACCCCGCUCUCCCCAGUACCAACCAGAAAAUCUACACCAUCAUUCCAAAAGUGAUCAAAACAGAUGCCCCGCAACUGAAGAAAUAACCCUGGUGCUUCAGUAGGCUUUCUACUGCAAGAAUCAACAGAACCAGUUAGUUAGUACAUACAUAACAAAUAUUUAUCUAGAGAAGAAUGAGAGUGAGAGUGGAAAGAAAGGGGAGUUUACUCCAUAAAUACACAGAUGGUAACAGACUGUUUAUAAAAUAUUUGUUGUUACUGUUUUUUAAAAGUUCAUUAAGGCUUGAAAAUCUUUAUAUUCUGUGUGAUAAGUUAUGUAGUUCAUAAUUUAGAAUUUAUUCUUUUUAUUUAUUUUUUUUUUUUACACUAUCCUUGUUGUAAUAGAUUUAAUCAUGAAGACAUCAAUUUUAAUCAUCAGUACAAUUUACUGUAUAGGGGGAAAUAUUUGCCCCCAUUUUAUUUUUGCCUUUUUCGCCCUCAUUGUCAUGGAGCAAAAUUAAGACUGGGUGAAUUCCAUUAUCCCAAAUUAUCUCUCUUUGAACACAACUGUGUCUGGGUGAAUUCAAGACGGGGCAAAAAUGUUUGCAAGUGUAAAAGAUUGAAAAUUACACAGGGCAAAAAUAUUCCUGUAUAAAGUAAUCUGUAAUAAGGUAUUAGCAGUUGUGUGCAAUUUGUCAUCUAAAGUAUUUGGUGUUUUUAUAUUUAUGAAACUCGCUGGAAAAUCCAUCAUAGCAGUUCAUCUCCAUGGAUUAAUAUGAAAGUAGCAAUUAACAUGUAUCUGCCAUAUUAACAUAUCCCGGUCACUGUAUUUGAAUGACAAUAAAUAGUAGAACAUGUACCUCCAAGUAUUCGUUUUAAAAUGUUUUAAUGCUGCUUAAAUACAUGUACAUGUAUUCAUUGUUUUACGUUGAUUUUGCGAGAAUUCAUUGUUUAAAAAAAUCUGUUACUUGUUUAUGUUUCUUGUACAUGUAUACAAGUAUGAAAUUGAAAUUACGGUAACUUUAUUUAUUCAUUAUUGAUAUAAGUAGAUUUUUUUUUAAUAAAUGGACGCUAUGGAUUUUUAUAGAUGUAUAAGGUUUUAAUUUGAAAAAAAAAGAAAUGUUCGAGUUGCAUGUUUUAGAUGUUUCAGGUCCAGAGACCUUUGUAAUGGUAAAAGAUGCUUUAAGUUUAAAUUUUUGUCAGUAAUGUUGAGGGCAGAAAUGGGUACAUGUCCAGGCACUUUGCAUCUAUGUCAGUCCCUGUCAUUCAUGGUUUGCUGCUGAUGCUUUUGCCAGUGGCUGGGCUGGCACAUCUAGUUUUGACCUUCCAUAUGUUUAGAAGCCAGAGCACCUGUUUUUGUUACAUCAUUGCUGGCAAUGUCUAGUUUUGUCUACCUGUUUGUCCCAAAUAUCAGUGUGUGUCCAUCUUGAGUUGCCAAUAUGUGAAAGGUGAUUCACCUGGUUUCUGGCUUCCUUUAUCAUUCUUUGCACCUGUAGAAUUAUAAUACCAACUGUCUGUUAAGGGAGUGCUGUUCUAUCAGUGUUUAAUGUAGUUCCUCUUGAAUAGAAUUUUUAUGUAGCUUAUGGACAUUGACUUUUAACUUUGCUAUGUGUACUGUAAAAGUGGUUAUUUAUGUAUGGGGGAAUUUGCGCUAGUUAUGUGGUAAGCUUAAAUCUGUGUAAAAAUAUAUACCCCCAUGUGUAUGGUAAAAAAAUUAAAAGUUGCGUGUGGUUAUUCAUGCAUCCACGUAUUUAAUACAUACACGUAUUGUUUGACUCCAGAAAAUGGGUACCUUACCACCAGCGUAAAUAACCACUUUUACAGUAAUCUGUUAUGAUGAAAAUGGCAACAUUUGUUUUAGAAUAUAAUUGUACAUACGGAAUCAUAUACUAUAUGAUAUAGUAUCUAGUCACAUUAGCAUUUCCACACAAAAAAGUCACUGAUGUACACUUUGUUGUAUCUCCACAAGCGUUUGUAACACCUCAAAACUAAAAAAGUAAACCAUGCAAUAUUGCUUGUACAUUUAUAUGUAAAAUCAUAAAAUCAUGACCUUUUCUUCAUAUCUGUUAAAAAUUUUUUUUGGAACAAAAAAAGGAACUCUUUUGACAUUCCGUUUUUUAAAACAAUCUUGCGAUGCUCUGUGGUUUUGUGCAAUACUUUUCAUAUAUAGUUUUUAUACAAUCAUGCUUGCUUUUCAGAAUAUUUGAACACCUAACAGUGCUAUACAAAAAAAUAUACUGAUCUCUUUUUCUUGUUUUAUUAGUCGCUGCUUAAAACAUCUGUAUCAAAGCAUAUUAUACAUACCUUUGUGUUACCGUAUUUCAAAGUUUUCUGUAUAUCAUAAAGACAUGUAUAAGUAAUUGAUAAAACUUUCUGUUAACAUGCAUAGCUUUUCUUAGCAUUGUUUUGGUUUGCAUUACUAAAUUUGUUACUUCACUAUCCAAAUUUUGAAUUAUCAAGAAAUCUGUAAAUUUUUCCUUUUAAAUGCAAUAGUUUAUGUUGAUAUCAAUCAAAUCCUUACAAAAUUUUAUGUGAAAUAUGAAAAAGGGUCAACAUUAAUUUGAGUGACACUUUAAACUAUUUGUACCGAUGGCUUAUGGCCUCUAUUUUACAAACCUAUGGCUCUACAACUUACAUAUUGUAUUGUUUUAAUCAGUAACUUGUUAUUGAAUGUAUCGGAUAUGUACAUUUAUUUGUUACAGAGUUUAUUGAUUGUAUCGUAGCGUUUUGUUUCAUGAGUUAUAUUUAUGACAGCACUUUCUCAUCUUGUUCCUAUUAUCAUGCCUUACAUUUGUUGUUUUUUUUUCCUUCAGGUUUUGAUGGAAAUAUAUCAAUUAAGUUGAAAAAAACUGUUUUGUUUUUAUAUGGCAAGUGUGUGGUAGAAUUUCAUUUUUACCAGCAAUUUUAAAUGAGAUAUAAACCUGUUUUGAAUAUUACAAGAAAGUCAUUAAAUAUUAUGAAAGUUUUUAAA